CAGUAGACUGUGAACCAUUGGCGAGGGAGGACGUGGCUCCCGUGCUACUUGUCAGUGACGCGCACGUGGCGAUUUGUCAGCCAUGCACGGCCAAAGGUGACAACCGGCUAGUGGUUUAAUUUUCUGCAAAUUUUUUGUGUUUAUGCAAAAAAAACAGCGUAAUUUAGAAUCGUGUUUAUGUUAACUCGUAAAAAUAAUUAUCGAGCCUUUCGUAUAAUUGAACAAACGGACCAUGAAUAAAUAAAAAAAUUAAUGUAUCUUAUUGGUGCAAUUCUAAUGAGGUACAUAAAUGAUACCUUGUGUUAAAAUUAUCGGAGACAUUACACAGAAUCGAAAUGGACUUCUGCAAACGAUACAAAUUUCUACGUAUAUUACCAAGACCUGCAAAACGGAUCGUUUGGUUCUGGCGCGCCGAAAAUGGCACGAUGUUCCAGGUUCCGGAAAAUGACUCGCAAUCAGCGACCGAGUGUCUCGUUGAACUGAUGAACAUUUUCGUCGCUAUUUUUACAAUACUCGUUGCUGUGAUCGUGAUUUUAAUUUUCAAGUAUAAAUGCAGCGCGAUCAGAAAAUCUUCUAAGUCGCUCUUGCCGCUUCACACAAGCAGAACUUUACUUUGUAUGUUACUACUUUCAAUUCUUCUAUUGGAAGUGUGCGAAUCUAUAUUAACAUCGAUCUCUUUGUCAUCAAUCUUGGCGACGAUCGCUGUACUAUUCUGUUGGAUAUUACAUCGCGAAACCGAGAAGAGGGAUGGUUUUGGUACUGCUGUAUCUGGCGGUGGAUUUACGAUAAUUGGGCUUUCACGAGCAUGGAAGCUUUUACACUUAUGCAGAUUUAAUCUGUCCAUCCAACAUGUUCGUGUUGCAACAACAGGGAUCACUGCUGUUUGUUGCGGAUUGCUCGCUUUCAUCGAUUCUUACACCCUUUAUCGUAUGAUGCAGAAGAGCAGGCGGUAUACCGUUAAAAGGUUCGAUAACACGCGGGGCUCCUAUAUGCACUCCGUCUCGCCGUUCCUCAGCAGAAUCACCUUCCACUGGGUGACUGACCUGCUGUCACGCGGUUAUUACGCAUCACUCGAGCUCCACGACCUUGGACAACUUCCGAAUGAGGAGACGGCGAGGAACCAAUUCGAACGUUUCCGCGAUAUUUACGAAGCCGAAAGGCUACGAAACCGUGGGCAGAAAGUGUCAUUAUGGAAAUGUUUCUGGAAACGAAUAUGGUUGGCUUUCGCAGCUGGUGGCGUCUUAAAAUUGUUAGGUGAUGCUACGACUUUGGUAGGUCCUAUGGCGAUUUCUAAAAUCAUCGAUUAUGCAUCGAAUCUUCAAAACAAUACCAUGAUGAAUGAAAAUUUCUCUUGGAAGGGAGCCAUGACAUUUUCCCAAAUUCUAAAAAAUGGAUAUUUCUUGGGAAUCUUGGUUUUUCUUGCGACCAUUUUGCAAAGUACAAUAAGCCAAGCUUCUACUCAUGUACUCUGCGUUGAAGGAAUACGUUUACGAACAGCUCUUCAGGUAUUAAUUUACGAUAAGGCUCUUCGAUUAUCUUCUUGGAGUAUUUCUGAGGAAGAAAAACCAUCCGACAAAGAAAAAGAUCAACAUUCCCAUCAACAAGCAGUUGAUAUUGGAACAUUGACAAAUCUCAUGUCCGAAGACGUAUAUAACGUAAUGAGUUUCUUCUGGAUCGGUCAUUAUAUCUGGGCCAUUCCAUUAAAAAUUGCUGUUAUCAUUUUCCUUCUAUAUUUAAAAUUGGGUGUCAGUGCUAUUGUGGGAGCAAUUUGCUGCAUAUUGAUCGUCACACCGAUACAACUUCUUCUCGGGAAACGAAUGUCCGAAAAUUCCAAAUCUGUAGCAGAAAAAAGUGAUGCACGACUACGUCUAGUUAAUGAAAGUCUUCAAGGAAUGCGAUUAAUUAAGCUACGUGCCUGGGAAAAUGUUUUUGACGAUCGCAUACGCAAAACUCGGAAUCAGGAAUUAAAACUACUAAACAAGGAUUCUGUGUACUGGGCACUCAUCAACUUUCUGACACACGCCUCCUCCGUUCUGAUGACCCUCUUCACAUUCGGAAUUUAUUUCUGGUUGGAAGAACGAAAUCUUGAUGCGGGAAACUUUUUUGUCAGUCUCGCGCUCUUUUCGCAGCUGACCGUACCGCUCUUCAUCUUUCCGGCGAUAGUGCCGAUUAUUAUCAACGCUUUGACUUCUACAACGAGAUUGGAGGAGUUUCUUUUCCUGCCAGAGAUCAUAAAUAUUCUCCCUGAGCCAAACGAUCGAAAACCGGCCGCAGAUACGUUGUCAAUGACAAAUUCGUAUACCGAUAAUGAUAUGGAAGUUAUUAACAGUGCGACAACUUUCGGGUCGCUCGAUAAUAUCGUGGAGGACGAGGAACAUUCGCAAUCGAAUAUCUUGCGCGAGUUUAGUUUAGCGAUUGAUUCCUCGGUUGAUACGGUAUUCGAAAAAGAUCCGGAAGUCCCAGAAUCUGUCCUCAGAAUUAGAUCGAGUACUUUCGCUUGGGAAUCUGAUGAAAAUAGAUUGACGAUUAACGCUCUCAAUUUUCCGCGAGGACAGUUGACAAUAAUAGUAGGAAAGACCGGAAGUGGAAAGACCUCUUUAUUGUUGGCGCUCUUAGGAGAGAUUCAAAAAAUCAACGGAAGCAUUGAAUGGACCAAGGGUCUAAAGAUCGCUUAUGUAGCGCAACGGCCGUGGCUCCAAAAUGCGACCUUGAGGGAUAAUAUUCUCUUCGGUUCAACGUAUCGGUCACGAAGAUAUCGCAACGUUUUGCGUGCAUGCGCUCUUCAACCGGACGUGGACAUACUUCCCGGUCGGGAUCUAACUAGAAUAGGUGAACGGGGUAUCAAUUUGAGCGGUGGGCAAAAGCAGAGAGUCACUAUAGCUCGAGCAUUUUACAGUGACGCCGAUGUCAUCCUCCUGGAUGAUCCAUUAUCGGCGUUAGAUCAACAUGUUGGUAGGCAUAUCUUUGAUCAUGGCGUCAGAAAACUUAUGUUGAGGAGCGGUCGAACUGUGAUUAUGGUCACUCACAGAUUAGAUCUGUUAUUGGCUGCUCAUCAGAUAAUUGUCAUGGACAGCUGUCGGGUGCGUGCUGUCGGAACAAAAUCCGGUAUCGAAGAUAUGGAUCCUGAAUUGGCGGCCGAAUGGCGAAUCGCGGAUUCAAGACGGGAGAAUGAAAAUCGUUUUCAGAAAACGGCCAAAGAUAGAUGGUCCUUGAUUAGACUAGUCUCUAGAAUUGGAAUCGGCAUAACAAAAAGGCACGCCAGCGACGGAUCGUGGAUCAUUGACCGCGAUAUUCAUGUGAAUCCGCCAACGUUUGUACCUUUAAGAUUGCGCCGAACGACUUUAUCUGGAUCGAGAUACUUGAGUCAUGAUCUCACGGAUCUUCCGGUACCAACUGAAGAAUGGAACACCGCUAGGAAACGAUCGAAAACGUGUCGCGAUAGCAUCAGGUCGACGAGUUUUCAAACGCAAAAUCGACGGCCACUACCGGUUCUUCGACAAAACAGCACACCGAUGAUUCUCGAUAAUCGAGAACACAUAACGCUGAGGACAAGAAAUAACACUUAUGACAACGGACAACCCAACAAUAUGCUAAAACAAUUCUUCUCCACAAGAUAUCCGGAAGAAAUGACGAUUAACAGGGACAAAAGUAUCUUGCGUCGACUGAUAUUAAAUUCUGACAAGAUAAAUCAACAGGAACAUCUUCCAGCAAAUCGAUUGUUAUCAAUAGAAUCACGAAUUAAUGACGAUAUGGAUGACAUGGAAGAAACUAUGGAUAGUGAAAAUGUAAACGAACCAAAUGAAUUUGAGAUUGACGAUAAAAAUGGAAUAGUAACUCGAAUGACUUGGAUGGAGUAUCCAAAGACCGGUGGAUGGAUGCCGGGACUUAUUUACGUCAUAGCGGCAUUAGGUUAUCAAUUUCUUCGUGUGUAUACUGAUCUCUGGUUGAGUCGAUGGACGGAUCAAAGCGUUUAUUCGUCGAUAAAUGAACGUCAGAAUACGGUAUCUUAUUUCAAGGUGUACAUCAUUAUAUCCGUGGGCGCUAUCCUUUUAUCAUUUUUGUACAAUGUGGCAGGUCAGUGGACAGGUGCCAGAGCUAGAUGCAAAUUACACCAAGAAGCCAUCGCUGGACUUCUUAGCGCACCUAUCUCAUUCUUCGACUAUAAUCCCAUCGGGAAGAUCUUGAAUAGAUUUAGUGCCGAUAUGGGUGUCAUAGACAAGAAAAUAUCCACAUCAAUCCAGAGAUUAACAUCCUUUGUAUUACUUUGUGGCUCGGCGAUGAUUGUUAAUGUUAUUAUUUCACCGUGGUUCUUGAUCGCUGCUGUACCAACCAGCUGCGCUUAUUACGUAUUGCAAAGAUUCUACAGGCGGAGCGCCAGACAAUUGCAACGACUAGACGGAAGCACGAGGGGACCGGUAGCAGCGCAUUUCUCAGAAACUUUGUCCGGGCUUCCGACACUGAGGGCAUUCAAGCAAGAAAGCCGUUUCAUGAAGGAAACAAUGAGACGCCUCGAUAUAAACACUAAUGCGUUUCUCAUUUUAAAUACUAGCAGCAGAUGGCUCGGCAUCGCAUUGGAUUAUCUAGGCGCUAUUAUUGUGAUAACAGCCAUUUUUGCGGCCUUACUUUCUGCGCAAUUAUACCCAAACCGCGUAACACCCGCUCUAGUAGGUCUAGCAAUCAAUUAUACUCUCUUAGUUCCGAUAUACUUGAACUGGGUAGUCAAGUUCACUGCAGAAAUCGAAAUGUAUAUGGGAAGUGUAGUUCGAAUUUCCACCUAUAGAAACGUGCAACCAGAAAAGUAUCACGAAAACGAUUUACAAGUGGCCGAUGAUUGGCCUAGUAAGGGCGAGAUCAUUUUCGAAAACGUCUCUUUGCGCUACGAUGUAGACAGAAAUCCAGUGAUCAUAGAUUUAUUUUUGAAAAUACCAGCUGGGCAAAAGUUGGGUAUUUGUGGGAGAACCGGUAGCGGAAAAUCAUCUACCAUGAUGGCUCUUUUCCAGUUAAUCGAAAUCUGUCAAGGACGCAUUUUAUUAGACGGGAUUGACAUCCGGCAAGUGCCUCUUCAAAUAUUACGAUCGCGGUUAUCAGCCAUACCGCAAGAUGCAAUAAUGUUUAGCGGCACAAUUAGAGAAAAUUUAGAUCCGCUUUCGGAACAUGAAGACCAAGAAAUUUGGCAUGCCUUGGAACUAUCUCAAGUCAAAGAUGUUGUAGCUUCGCAUCCGGAAGGACUGAAUCUCGAAGUACGAGAAGGCGGUGAAAAUUUUUCAUCCGGUCAGUUACAACUUCUUUGCAUGGCACGUACGAUUCUUCAGCGAUCAAAUAUUGUUAUACUCGACGAAGCAACCAGCGCGCUCGAUGUAGCUACCGAAAAAUCGCUUCUAAAAGCGGCUGCUGUCGCCUUUGAGAACAAAACUGUGAUCAUUAUCGCGCAUCGAGCAGCGACAUUAUUAGGUUGUGAUCGUAUUGUUGUUCUUGAUGAAGGCAAAAUCAUCGAGGAAGGCUCACCAACAGAUUUAAUGCAGCUACAAAACGGAAUCUUUUCGGCAAUGAUCAAAACAAUUGACCAAAGUGACGAACAACGAUGAUUGCGAAAAGAAACAAAAAUCACUUGUCAAUUAACUGCACUGAUCACAAUAUUGAUUAAGCUAAAGAUUUAAAAAGAACUGCAUUAGAGGAAUAUAUAACAUUUUUUUUGCUACCUUGUAGGAAAUACAU